AUGACUGAAUGCCCCAAUGGAAUAAUGGAAGGGAUGGGAAAGAAUUCGAUAGGCUGCAACCCGCAUACCUCGAACGACUUGGAAGCGGAUCCGACUAUGGGUGCACCGUUUGACAUCAUCACUCCGAAGGACACGGCCGAAGUUCACAGCUUUAUGAAUGAACAUGGGGUUCUCGACACCUUCUCACAACUAGUGGAACUAGCUUCUGGCGAAUCAUCGUCCACAGGCGACCAGUCCUUCCUUUCCGAUCUUGACAGAACUGGAUACUCCACGAACGCGGAUACAAGCAUAGCCGGCUGUGGUGGCCCCAUCAUAUCACCAUUCGAACAUUGCCACCAAUCAGGAGAAGACGUGCAGAACACGCUAUCUAACGAUCAACAAAUAUACCCGAAUGACCUCAUGGAGCUAAAUCUCAGCUCCACGGUCGAAGACUUGAGCAUGGCUAUUUGCCGAAGAAUGCCGUCUAACAACCCGGAUGUGGACGACCAAGCCACUUCAUUUCUACUCGAUAACACUCCAAGUGGUGUUAAAAUCAGAGUUGAGCAAUUCUUCGAAAUGUUCGCUCUGGAUGACGUGUUCAAUCUCAAACAUCUCGAGUCGAACGACGAGUGGAACCCACACACGGUCCAGAUCGUGACAGCCUUGAUGCCAUUCGUGCUUCCAACGUGCGACCAAGGACCAAAGCGAAAGCGUGGCAGCAAUGAUGACGUUACGUCCCGACCUUCAAAGAAGAGAGACAAGAAGUCAAUUGAAUGGUGGAGAAGGUGGUCGAAGCUGACGCGCGAAGACAUCGCACUCGACUCCGAGCAAGUAACUGUUGUGAACAUGGGUCUAGGCGUCCUGCGAGACACCGGCGCUCUGGGUAAGCGAAACAAAGGUACUACCUUUAUGGACGUCUACGCCGCGCAUGUUGGCAAUAUGCUCGCUACAGAGCGUGUUACUGCGCUGACCAGCGUCCAAUAUGUGGUAUACGCCAUCUUUUUCCACAUAGCCUCUACGAUGGACCCUGCCAACUGGGUAGCGAAGGGUAACGCUGGUCAAGUAAGGGGGAAGUUCUGUCCCUCUGCGGUACGACGCUUGUUCUCCCAUUGUGGCGGUUAUGUGCCUGGUGGUAUGACGCCGGCUGUUUUCGAAGAGAAGUUACGCGGUUGGCAAGAUCAUGGGAGAAAGUACGAGUUCAUCGGUGUGCACCUUGGCCUUGGAAGCAUUGUGCAUCUGGGAUCGGUAUUACACCACACGCAGCUCAAGACGAUGACGAAGGGUGGCGAGCAAGCAGUCGAUGGUAUCAAAUCGAGCGAGGUGGCCUUCCGUCAUCUGCGGAAACUGGGAUUACCGGAACUAGCGAAACAGUCAGGUGCUGAUGCGCUGAUGCAUGAUCUCCUCUGGGAGAUCUUUGGGAGCUUCCUCGACUUCCCGAAGCGGGUGGGUGAUUCGCAGUUUCCCGCAUUCGUCGAACACGCCCCAGCGCAGCUAAGUGCAAGCAUCAUCAGUGACAGCGGCAGCGAUGAUGGCCAAUGUGAUUGA